AUGCUGCGGAUUCAGACCGUGUCGGGUGAAGAAGUCGUUGCCCUUGACUUGGCGAGCUUCCUUGAGACGCAGCCUGCCGGCAUGCAUCCCGUCCGGGCACUGAAGCAACACUUGCACAGCAUCUGUGGUGUGUCAAGGUUCAGACAAAGGCUGUUAUUCCUGGAGGACAAGGUGGUUCUAGAUGACGAUGGCACCCUGAAACCGGGGGAAGCUCAGGUCGUACUUCUAAGCUUCUGCCCAGCAUCGGACCCGCAAGUGACCGCACUUCGGGAUGUAUGCUUGGUAUGCGUGAGUUUGAACUCUAAGGACGUUUCAGUUGGAGGGGAGGCGGAGGAGGCGGACGAGGAGAAGGAGGUGGAGGAAGAGGAGGUGGAGGCUCUCCUCGACCUGGUCUUCUCUCCUCGCGAACCGGAGGAGACAGCCGAGGACCAAGUUGAAUUCGAAGAGACGCGAGCGGAGUUCAACACGAUGUGCGAGAGGGCGCUGCACCUGUACAAGGCCCACGAGGCUCGUGCCGAGCAAAGGAUGUGGCGUGCCUUGCAACAACUUCCCGAGGACCUCUACAGCGAGGCAGUAGCAUCCAAGCCGGAGAAGGUGCCCGAGGAGCUACUGUUUCACAACCGCUACCGCAAAGAGAUCUUCCGAAGCCUCUCCGAGCAUGAGCAACGGAAACUGCAAGUUUUCCACAACCUCAUGUACGUGCGAUACCCUCACACGGAUGAGAAGCGGCGGAAUCCGGAGCGGUUCUGGAUGCCCGAAAACCAGGUCGUGUCCAGACAGAAGGAGGCUGCGAUGGCCAAGAAGAACAUCAAGCCAAGGAAGGGCUAG